CAUUGAUAACUUGUCGGCCAUGUUGACAUCUCCCGAAGUGAAAACAGGAAUGCCAAGGGUGUAAACAACAAAUAUGAACAUUCAAGGCGUCAAGUUUAAUUUUAAACAACAAGUUUCUAUCAUAAUAUUCACACGUCUCCAUUUAUAAUGUAUAUUAUUUCAUACCUUAUUUUUUCUGUACCAUAAACGAGCCCACUGAAGUACGGAAGUCGACAUUUUUUCAAUAACAUUGUAUCUUUUACAGUAGAGCAAGUGUGAUAUUCAAUAUUUGAGCAACUUAUGCAUCAAAGUAAUUACUAAUUAUGAAAUAUAUGACUUGUCCGGGUUGAAUAAUUAUUGAACUUUCGUAAAUUCUUUGAAAAUGUCUACAAACCAAGAACGAUAACUACAAGAUUAUUUUGCAAAUGCAAAACAUGUCUGCAGAGGACAGAGUGAAAAAACUAACACAUCUUUAUGUGUCUGAUCUCCAGAAUAGCAAAGGACAAGCAUUAAGCAUCGAGACUCUUCUUGAUGUUUUGGUAGUGCUGUAUGAUGAGUGCUGCAAUACUACUUUGCGGAGGGAGAAAAAUAUCUCGGAGUUUGUGGAAUUUGCUAAACCAAUUGUAAGCAGGAUCAAGGAAUUUCGACUCCAUAGAGAUGAUUUUGAGACAGUAAGAAUUAUAGGAAGAGGAUCUUUUGGAGAGGUUGCAGUAGUGAAGUUGAAGAAUACAGAUAAAGUAUUUGCUAUGAAGAUCUUGAAUAAAUGGGAGAUGUUAAAAAGGGCAGAGACUGCUUGUUUUAAAGAAGAACGAGAUGUUUUAGUGAAGGGAGAUAGAAGAUGGAUAACUAAUCUUCAUUAUGCCUUUCAAGAUGAAAACUUCUUGUAUUUAGUGAUGGACUAUUAUUGUGGUGGUGACUUGUUGACAUUAUUAACCAAGUUUGAAGAAGGUCUUCCAGAAGAUUUAGCCAAAUUUUAUAUAGCAGAAAUGGUUUUAGCAAUUAGUUCUCUUCACAAAUUAGGAUAUGUACAUAGAGACAUCAAGCCAGACAAUGUAUUGAUAGAUCUAUCUGGACACAUAGUGCUAGCUGACUUUGGUUCCUGUCUAAAAUUACAAGAGGACGGCACGGUCCGAUCCUCUAGAGCAGUAGGUACACCUGAUUACAUUUCUCCUGAAAUCCUUCGGGCAAUGGAAGAUGGACAUGGUCGUUACGGUCCUGAAUGUGAUUGGUGGUCAUUAGGUGUUUGUAUAUUUGAAAUGUUAAUAGGAGAAACACCUUUCUAUGCUGAAUCUCUGGUAGAAACAUAUGGAAAAAUUAUGAAUCAUCAGUCCCGUUUUGAAUUUCCCUGCGAUAUAGAGAUCAGUGAUGAUGCCACAGAUUUAAUAAAGAAAUUGAUAUGUAGUGCUGACCUUAGAUUUGGUAGAACUGGUCUGGAUGAAUUCAAACAACACCCUUGGUUUUCUGGUAUUGACUGGGAAAACAUUAGAGAAAUGAAUGCUCCUUAUGUGCCAGAAGUUAGCAGUCCAACAGACACAUCCAAUUUUGAUGUAGAUGACUCAGACUUUACACAUACUGAUUCUAUACCGCCCUCGACAAAUGCUACAUUUACUGGUCAUCAUUUACCAUUUGUAGGAUUUACUUUUACCUCUCAUAGUCAAAUUUCUGAUCUGGGUAACCUUCAAGACGUUGGUGAUAUUGAUCCAUCUAAUCUUGAAUCAUUAGCUGUAGAGGCAUUUGAAAGGAGAAUUAAAAAUUUAGACAGAGAAAACACGGAGUUGAAAAGGAAACUCCAAGAAUCAAGUGUAACAGUUCAGAGGUUAUCAUCAGAAGCCAGUGGUGCAGCAGCUUCAGGAGCAUCAGAGUCAGAGUCUCGACAUCUGAAGGAAGAAAUUGCUGUCUUACAUAAAGUUGUUGCAGAGUCUCAGACAGAAAUUAGUGCUAUUGAACAAGAAUUGAAGAGAGCUCAAGACAACAGGCAGGAAAUAGAAAGAAAAAUAAAACUGAUAGAGGAGGAGAAAAAUGCAUUAGAAAAGGAAUUGCAAGAUUUCAGAGACAAGUAUAAACAACAGUCUAGAGAAUUAAAGGAAGCUUUAGCAAAACAAAAAAUAACAAUAGAACAGUACACAGAUACAAAUGAUUCACUUUUAAAGACCCAAUCCAAAGUAAAAGAACUAACAAGAGAAUUACGGAACAAAGAAGAUGAGGUAGAUGAGAGCAAGAGGAAAUUGGAUAGUAUGAAGAAUGAACGAAGAAGAAUUGAGAAAUCCAUGUCUGAGUUACAAAACCAUUUAGAAGAGUUUAAAUCAGAAUCAAGUAAAGAAAAGAAAUUACGAGAGAGGGCUGAACAGUACACUAGAGAGUUAGAACAAGAAAUAGAGGGCAUCAAAAGGAAAAACUUAGGGAGGGCAUCUAAUCCAGCAAAUAUAGAAUUAACACAGGAAGUCUCAAGAUUAAAAUCACAAUUAGAGAAGACUAAAGUCGAUAAGGAAGAAACAGUUUCUAGAGUGACUAGCAAAUAUCAGUCAGAAAUAAGUGAUUUAAAAUUUUCAUUAAGUGAACAUGAACAUAAGGAUAAAGAAUUAAGGAAAGAAAUAUUGACGUUAAAAGACAAAUUAAAAAAUAAUGUGUCAGAGGAUGAGGUCGCAAGUAGAAUUCAAAGGUUAAAGUUACAAUUAGAACAUUCAGAGAGACAGCAUGCAUUGAUAGGAGAGGAAAAUGAAAGGUUAAAAGAAGAAAUCUCAUCACAAGAGAAUGCUUUGAGAGCUAUGAACAAGGAAAAGAUGCAGUUAGAACAAGAAAUGAGAGACAUUUAUGAUAAACGAGAAUCUGUAGCUCAAUGGGAGGCUCAAAUCUCAGAAAUCAUCAAAUGGGUGAGUGAUGAGAAGGAUGCCAGAGGUUAUCUCCAGGCCUUGGCUACCAAAAUGACAGAGGAAUUGGAGAACCUUAAAGUAAUGGGUGUUUCUGAUGAUUCUAAUCGGCAGAGAUGGAGAAACCGUAGAUCUCAGAGACUUGACAAGAUGGAGCUACUUACACUACAGUCUAGUCUACAAAGUGAAAUCCAGGCAAAGCAACAGAUAGCUGAUGAAUUAUCAAAGUUAAAAUCGUCUGUUGUUAGUUUUGAAAAGAAAAACCAUGAACAGGACACGAUAAUAGAAAAAUUAUCCAAAGAAGUAGAAGAACUUAGGAAAGAGAAGGAGACUUUAUUAGAGAAACAAGAUAUUGCAGAUUCAAGUGGAAAUACAGGGGAAAGAUCAAGAGAGCAGACAUUAAUGAGCUUCAUCAAAGGUCAAUUUUCUUUGUUAAAUGAUUCAGACAAUGAAAGUCUAGUUGAGGAUGAUAGUAUGAGUGAAGAUGGCCAGUCACAUGGAGAUUCCCGUACAAACUCACGGUCAGACCUUCACAUGGGGGCACCACCAGAUACCCCUGAUGUUACACACCAAUCUAGUCCAAUAAUUCAACCAGAACAUGUGUAUGACCAACCAUGGGGUGCUUCUAAAACAGGCUCAUUGCCACAACCUAAAACUCAUCACUUUAUCAUGAAAAACUUCUCCGCACCAUACAAAUGUAACCUGUGUACCUCAUUAAUGGUAGGAAUACAGAGACAGGGGACCACAUGUUCAGAGUGUGGUUACUGCUGUCAUGUACAUUGUAUGGAGAAAGCUCCGUCAGUUUGUCCUGUACCUCCAGAUCAAAAUAAAAGGCCAGUUGGUAUAGAUAUUAACCGGGGUAUAGGUACAGCGUAUGAAGGUUAUGUUAGGGUGCCAAGAUUAGGAGGAAUUAAAAAAGGAUGGACCCGCCAGUUUGUAGUCGUCUGUGAUUUUAAAUUAUUUUUAUAUGAUACUCCGCCAGAUCGGAAUCAGCCUACAAAUGUUGUUCAACAAGUUUUAGAUAUGAGAGAUGAAGAAUUUUCUGUUAGUGCUGUUUUACCCUCAGAUGUGAUACAUGCCAAUAAAAAGGAUAUCCCUUGCAUUCUUAGGGUGACAACAUCAGAAAUGAAUCCUCCUGGAAGUAAAUACCAAGUAUUAAUGUUAGCUGAAAGUGAACAGGAGAGACACCGAUGGGUCGGAGCUCUGAAUGAGUUACACAAGCUUCUACGCAAAAAUAAGCUUCCAUACAAAUCUGCAUUUCAGGCUCAGGAGGUAUAUGACAACUCAUUGUCGUUAGUCAAAAGUACAAAUUCUUGUUUAAUUUUAGAACAAAACAAAUUGUUGAUGGGUACAGACGAAGGAUUGUUUGUGGCACAGUUAAACAAAGAUGUGUUGAUCAGGAUAGGGGAUAAGAAUGAGAAGAAACCUGUGUAUCAAGUAGAAUUAGUCCAUGAUGAACAGUUAGUAGUAUAUACUAGUGGUAGACAACACCAUAUAAAAAUUAUACAUCAGUCUGUAUUAGAGGGUCAUGAAGGAGAUCCAGUUAAAAUUCCAGAAACCAAAGGCUGUAAUGUGUUCUGUGUAGGAUUUAUACGUCAGACUCAAAAUUCUUGUCUCUGUGUAGCUAUUAAAAGAACUAUACAAGUGUACGACCUUAUAUUAACCAGACAACGCUAUCGCAAGGUCAAAGACAUUCAAGUUCCGGGACAUGUGCAGUUUCUAGAAAUAAUCAAUGAUAGACUUUGUGUAGGAUAUCCGUCUUGUUUUGCUAUUUAUAGUGUACAAGGUGAUGCAGCACCAAUGGCUUUACUGAACACAGAGGACCCUAGUCUACAAUUUCUUGUCCAGAUACAAUUAGAUGCACUGCUGGCAGUACAGGUGUCUGAAACAGAAUAUUUUCUAGUGUUUAAUGUAUUAGGUGUAUAUGUAGACAAUAGUGGUAAGAGAAGUAGGACUCAAGAAAUGAUGUGGCCAGCUCCACCCUUGGCAUUUGCCUAUUAUGAACCAUAUCUCCUGUGCUAUUCUGAGAAUGCUGUUUUUGUAUAUAAUAUAAAAACUGUUGAAUGGAUACAGACUCUCAACUUAAAAAAAACAAAACCUCUAUGUAAAGAUGGUUCUAUGAAUUUGUUCACAAACCUUGACUCACAACAUAUAGUCUACUUUAAAAAUAUUCACUUAGAAGAAGACAAACUUAACUUAUCAGAAAUUUUCAAGAGCAAGAGUGUAAACAGAAGCAAAAGACGAUUCUCUUUCAAAACAAGAGAUGAUCAGAAUGUUAAAGGGCAGGAACGACGUUCUCGUGAAAUUUCAGGACCUCUUACGUUCAGUCAUGUAGCACAUAUGGGACCAGAUAGUUUUCACACCAGUAUUCCAGUACAAGUCCAGGCAGACAGACGAUCAAGAAUUAUUUCUGGACCAACAAAUUUCAGUCACGUGGCUCAUAUGGGUCCUGAUUUGGGACUUCAGGCAUUGAUAGAACUUCCAAAGAAUCAACCUCAACCAGAGGCCUCAGGAGGGAAUGACCCAAUCCCGCAGAGAGUUAGAAGUAUGUUGCAUCCUAGCAUGAAAACUGUUCAAGAAGCUCAUACAAGGGGUGCACAACACAAUGGAAGUGCUCGUCCAAUUUCAACUGCAUCUGACAGUCCUGAAUUAGGACAUGACCGAGCAUCCUUAGGAGAGAGUACAUCUUCAAUGUUUGAGGAUUGCUAUGAAAUUGCCGGUACACGUCUUUCAUUUACUUCCUCCAAUAGCAGUGGUAUUGGUACGCCACCUGGAGGCAGUACAUCAGAUGAUCCAAGGACAGAUAACGAUGCUGAAUUUGAAUGUUCACGACUAUGAAAUCCAAACUGCCAUAUUGUGGUAUUUGCUUUAAAUGGCUGCUUCUUUCAAGUGGAGGUUAUCUGCUGAAGCAAUGCAAUAACUGAAUGUGUGUUUGAUCAAAUCAGUUUGUCGUGUGUUUUUUUUUCUUUAUUUUUUUCUCAGGAAUUUAUGUUCUCAACAUUGAGAUCCUUCUGUCACUGAGGGUUUUCUAAGCAAUCCGAACAAAAAUUAUUAAAUGUCAGAUCUGGAUGUGAAAUUUGUGUUUGGUUUAUUUGAAGUGAUAACUGAUUUGUGUUAAUGUAUUAAAUAAAUAUUAUAAAAUCAGGUGUAAAAUGGCAUGUCAGAUUAUUUAAAAAUCAGUAUCUGUACUAAUUGUUCAAAAAAUCAAAAAUUGUGCACUUUGUGUUACUGUUGUAACUUUCAUCAUUAAAUGAUUGAAUAAAUUCUUAAAAUUUCAUCCCAACACACUCCAGCAUUUAUUUCUUUCUAUAUACUCAUUAUAGAUUGUGCCAGUGGUUAGUGAUUUUGAAAUUGCUACAGUUGGAAAGAACUAGAUUUUUUUUUAAAAUUUCUUCAAGUUUACACAUAUACGUGUCAUUCUUAUAUUUCGUGUUUGCCACUGCUAGUCGUUUUUGACUAGACGGUGAAAGGUCACAUUGGAUAUUGGUUACAGAAAAGCUGAUAAAAAGUCCUUCCGUACCCUAUUAUAAAUGGUAGCGUUUGGUAAUUAAAGUUUAAAAAUAUGCAAACAUAAAAAAAAAUUGAAAAUAUUAAAAAAAAAAACAUCUUGCUGGCACUGUUUAAAAAUGAUAUCAGAUAAUCUAGGAAAGCUUUUUUGUAUAGCCUCAGAAUUUACUGUUAUAAAUUCUGUAUUUUUAGGACUCUGUAUGAAUCCUGUUUUUCUUGAUUAAAAAAAUUCACCUCAGUGUGGGUUUGUUUUGUUUCAUUCUCUAGUCAACAUUGUUAAUAUUUUUCUGUUGAAUUUCCAAGGAAAUGUAAUAGAAUGAUAAUUAGGUUCGAGGUUAUUUCAAAAAUAGUUCAAAUUUAAAUGAUUUAAAAAAAAUUAAAUGUGCACCAAUUAAGGCUUUCCUGUUUAUAAAAGUUCAUCUCCUUUUAUUUAUAUAAAAUCAUGUUUUGACAUACUGUGAUUUGAUAAUUCAGUAUUGAAGAAUUCCAUUGGACAAGAAAUACAAAUUUGGCUUCCUUGUGAUAAAGUGUACUACAAUUUGCCUUUUCAGAAAAUAAUGCAUUCUGGGUAAUGUCAUUAAACUGAUUGGCUAACAACAUCCUAAACAAAGGAAAUUCAAAUAAUGACGUGACCUUAUUUUCAUUUUGGGCGAAAACAAUGAAAUUACCCAUAAUCCUUUAGUUUUUGAAAAGUCAAAUUGGUUUGAUGUGUAGACUUUGAUACACUAUUGCUAUAUUCUGUGUGUAUGUGUCUGUUUGGAGCAUUCUACAACCAUUUACUUAUGGUAACUGCCUUCAUUUGUGAUAUUUUAUUUUGUAAAAUAUAAUAUAAUUUUAUUAAUUGUAGACAUAAGUAUUGGCAUUAGUGUAUAUAUAAACGUAUAUAACAAUUUCUGUAUAUAUAAUUUAUUGUACAUAGCUUGUCUCCUGUGUAAAGACUUGGAUCUUGCCAAAGCUAUCAAAUGUUUUGCUAUAAUGCCAAAAAAGCUUUGUUUUUUUUUAUAAAACCAAUUAUUUGUUAAGUAUUUAUUGCUGUCAUUCGGCUCUACAAUCAGUAGUUGUUUAUAUCACGGCUUAUUGUUAAUGUUAUUGUUGUCGGCUUCACCAUCAUAUCUCAUAUUACACGUGUGGAAUUAUUUAUACGGUUGCCAUGAAAUUUAUUUUUACUCUUGUCAUGGUAUUAUUGUAAAAAUAGGUGAAGUUUGUUUCUGUCAUAAGGAGUACAACACAAGAGAACUUUAUUUACUGAGCUUUGCAUCUAAUUUUAAGGGUUUUUUCCUAAUUUUCACUGAAUCAUCAAAGUUUUUGUUGUUUCCAUAUUAAGACAUAAUUGCUUACUUCAGAGUCUACAAUACAAUGAAAGAUAAUAGAUUUCUUGUAAUAGUUGCUUAGAUAGUUAAGGGAGAAAACCCAUUAAGUCAAUAAAGUGUUUGUAAUAGUUUGUUUCAUUAAUAUUUUUUAAGCAUUAAAAUGAAACAGAUUUAAUCUGUGUUAAUAAGAAGCUUACAAUAUAUUAAGGAAAAUGUUUUAACACAAACGUUCCAGUGAUUUUAAUUAGUUAUCUCCCUUUACAUACUUUUCUUCCACUUUAAAAUGGUCAUGAUUUCACCUGUAAAAAAGGAAUGAUCAAGAUACCCAAUUAUAUCAUUUGGACACUCCUGUCACAUGAUAUGAGUACUCUCUUUUCAGAAACACACUUUACAAUUGUCAUACAAUUUAUAUCUUGCAGAAAUGAUUAUAUGGAAUAAAUUAAUGAAAAAAUAUACCCUAGGCCUUAAAUGAAAUGCUUAUGUAUUUGGUACACAGAAUAUAUAUGUCCAUGCAUAUUCUCUCAAGUAUACAAAUUCUAACAUACAAAGUAUUAGAAUUGAAUUUAAACCAGAUAUAAUCAUCCUCUGCAUUUAUAACUUCAUCUUUGAUAUAGGAGGCCAGUUACACACAUGUACGACUGCAUUUAUACAUACAGUUUGUCCCAGAACUAGUGCAAUGAUCAUGUAAUUAGUGUAUAUAUGUGUGUGAAAGUAUGGCAAGAGUUUCAUCUCUACUCUCAACAAUACCGUUGACACAUGUACCCUUACAGUGAUGGUUUUUAUUGUACAUUUUAUUUAGUAUUUAUAAAUUUUAACUGAUAUUAUAAUUUUAUGAAGUAAUUUGUAUUAAAGAAUUUUUAUGAAUUUAAAUAUCAAUACAUUUCCUUAUAAUACUUUCAUUGUUCAACAUAAUUGUUAACUUGUGUGUCACAUUUUUUUCUAGCAUUUCAGAAUCCCAAUUUCUCAAAUAAAGAUCUGAGAUAACCUGAAUAUUUUUAUUGUUAAUAUGAAAACUGUAACUCGUCAACAAGCAUAACCUACAAAUGGAUCCCAAUAUUCUCAUCAGUUGUUUCAGCUAUUGGAAACAUUCAUUAACUGAAAGAAUAUUUCAAAUUAUUUAGUAUUCAAAUGAUAUAUUAGACCUUAACUAUCCUACAAUGAUUUUAUAUCACAAUACCAGUAAUAAUGUAAAAAAAUAAUCAAAACAGACUGUUUUCUUUUUGGUACUGCACAAAAUAUAAAAUGAUCAAAGAAGACUUCAGUAGCUUAAAAAUUACAUUAUGAACUGACCCUAUACUGGCAUAGUAAAUGUUGGCUCAAGACACACCAGAGUACUUUUACAUGUUAGCAAGUAUAGAUGUUGUUAAACAAAUCACUGGUCUUUUAUAUUUUUUCAGAUACUAACACAUUUUAUAUGUGUUUAAAGCCUUAAAUAAGUAGUGACAACAAUGUUAAGAUAAGAUCAAAUUUGACUCUUUAGCAGAUCAUGAAGCUCCUCAACUGGAGUGAUGUGUCCUUACAUUAAACUUAUAGAUCAUUGUGAACAUUCUGGCAACAGCACCCUUGUUAGAUAAACAUCAUUCACUGAUUAAAUUAAUAAGUCAAACCUGCUAUUUAAGUCAACUUUAUUAAAAUCUGCCUCUUAUUGUCCCAAUGUAUUAAUAUAUAUACAUUUUAAACCUCAAUUUAAAGGACAUUGUUAUAAGGUCAGAAAUGUCUGGUCCCAAUAUUACCUUUGUAAACAGGUUUGACUGUACUUUGCUCAAGUUUUACCACAACAUCACAACAUUGUCAUUCAACAUUAAAAUAACUGGUUAAAUGUUUAGGUGAAGUAAAUAUUAAUGGCUAUUCAUAACUCAACUUUUGUAUUGUCAUUAGGUCAAUAAUUUAAAGUUGUACAUUAGUAAAUCCAUUCUUCAGUUGUUAGAUUUUCUGAUUUGCUUCUGGCUUUGGAUAGUUUGGCCAAAAAAAUAUAUGUGAAUUUCCUGUUUCCCUUCAUACAAAAGUAAGGUUUGGAAGGUUAGUUUCAUAUUAAAAAAAUCCUUAAAAAAUGUUUCCUCCAAGUCUGAUCCAAAUUUACACUAUACUCCAUUUAAUUUGCAUCUGUUCAAUAGAACUUUAAGAAUUUUUAAUGUUUGACAGCUUUUACUAAGAUUUGGGUUAAUUUUAUUACAAAUUGGACUACAUGGUCAAUGGAAAUCAGAUUCUAUUGACACAAAAAAUUAUUUCUUAAAUUUUUCAUUUGUUUUUUUUGCAAGGCAACUACCAGUAAAUGGUUAAGGGUCAGGUGGGAGACAGGAAACACACACAUAUUUUUGUUGGCCUUUUACAUAAAAUGAUUGCCAAGUGAUGCAUAUCUGUAUUAUUUGAAGUUGUAAGGGUAUAUGUUGUCAGUAAAUGAACCAUUAAAACCUGUGAUAUAACAUGUACUGUAAUUACCUCCCUUUAUUGAAUCUCUCUGUCAUUUUAUGAAUGAAUUAUAAUGCUAGAUAGCUUUGGGUCUGUGUUAACAGCUUGUGUUGUUUACUUUUUAUAACAAAGAAGUUGUACAUGUAUGUGCAAGUGGACAAUGAAACUUCAAAAAAAUAAAAUUGCAUAACUUUC